GGCCGACCCCUCCCCUCCGCCCACCGCUGCCGCCGCCGCUGCCGCCGCUGCCUCCGCUGUCGCCGCGGGGAAGGUGUCGCUGUCGCUGGUGCUUGGCAACUCCAAGAUCCUGGCUGGUGCAUUUCCACAUAUUCCGUUGAACCCUCUUAAGAAUUCAGAGAAACUUCCGCGUGACCACUGAAAGAAAAAUCUAAUCUUAAGGCUUACGCACAUUCCUUCCACCACAUCCGAACAAUGUCCUACGUUUUUGUGAAUGAUUCUUCUCAGACUAACGUGCCCCUGCUACAAGCCUGUAUUGAUGGAGACUUUAACUACUCUAAACGGCUUUUGGAAAGUGGCUUUGACCCAAAUAUUCGCGACAGCAGGGGCAGAACAGGCCUUCACCUCGCGGCAGCCCGAGGGAAUGUAGACAUCUGCCAGUUGUUACAUAAAUUUGGUGCUGAUCUUCUGGCCACCGAUUAUCAGGGAAACACAGCUCUUCAUCUCUGCGGCCAUGUGGAUACUAUUCAAUUCUUGGUUUCCAAUGGACUCAAAAUUGAUAUUUGCAAUCAUCAAGGUGCUACACCUUUAGUUUUGGCAAAGCGCAGGGGAGUGAAUAAAGAUGUCAUCCGAUUGCUGGAAUCUUUGGAAGAACAGGAGGUAAAAGGAUUUAACAGAGGAACUCACUCAAAACUGGAGACCAUGCAGACAGCUGAGAGCGAAAGUGCCAUGGAAAGCCAUUCCCUCCUCAAUCCCAACCUGCAGCAAGGCGAAGGGGUCCUGUCCAGCUUCCGAACCACGUGGCAGGAGUUUGUGGAGGAUCUGGGCUUCUGGAGGGUGUUGCUUUUGAUCUUUGUCAUUGCUCUGCUGUCUCUUGGCAUCGCCUACUAUGUGAGUGGGGUGCUGCCCUUCGUGGAAAACCAGCCUGAACUGGUGCAUUAAAGGAGCUCAUGGAAAAGGAGGCAGGUGCCAGUGUCCUGGCUUCCAGUGUUUGUUCUCAGUUUCUCAAAAUCUUCUCUUAGUGCAAGGCAGUGAGGGCUGUACAUUUUGUUCUUUUUGCGUCUUUACACCUUGUAAUCCUUUUAGAAGAAUGACGCGUCUGUUUGAACUAACUGCAUACUCUAGUCCAGUAUAGCACGUCCUAAAGCUACCUCCAAUUCAGCCUGACUUCUGAGGAAAGGCUAUGCAUAGCCUUGUUUGAUAAAAACAUGGACGUGACUAAAGAAUCAAGAUAGAGGACAAGACUAAGAAAUCCUUGCUGUAGAAACCUUACCCUAACAUAGGAGCAACUGAAGUGAAGUGUUCAAAGCUUGUCUUGCAUGAUUAGUUUUGGCUGGUAGUUUUGUUUUGUUUUGGUUAUUUUUACCAGAGCGACUUUUCUGUUUUGGUUUACUUUCUCUGGGAAAUAAUGGGAGGGAGGGGGAUAAAACAUUCAGCUUAAAACUUGAAGUGCUUUUUCAAAUCUUGUAGAGCAAAUCAGUAUUGGAAUCUGUUUGAUUUGUUUUAAUAUUUUCAAGUCUAAUCACAGACGAAAAAGAACUUUUCGAAAAUGAGCUCAAAAAAUGAUUGAUUUGGUGUUCCUAUUGUGGCUCAGUGGGUUAAGAAUAUGACUAGUAUCCAUGAGGAUGCAGGUUAAAUCUCUGGCCUUGCUCAGUGGGCUAGGGAUCCAGGGUUGCCACAAGCUGCAGCAUAGAUCAGAGUUGUGGCUCGGAUCCGAUGUUGCUCUGGCUGUGGUGUAGGCCAGCAGCUGCAGCUUGCAUUUGAUACCUCGCCUGGGAACUUCCAUGUGCCACAGGUGCAGCCCUAAAAAGAAGAAAAAAAGAAAAAAGAAAAGAUUGAUCUGAUCUUAUAUUUAUUUGUUUUUAGGAUAAUUUUGAUUUUUUUUUGUAAAAUGCUUUGCUGUUAAUAUCUGUGAAAAAUGAACUUGUUAAUAUCUGUGAAAGAGUGAACUCAUUUUGUUCGCUUCUCAAUUUCCCCUAGUGUUGAUUUCAAAGAUAUCCUGUUUAUCAAAAAUACUGUCAGAACACUUUUUCUACUUAGUAGUUAUUUAGCAGGGGAGAAUAAUUCUGAUGUUCAACUGUCACUGUAAUUCUAUAAGACUAUUAUGGUGAAAAAUGCAGUUCUAUAAGCUAGCUCUGUUGUCACAGUUGUAUUCAUAGUGCAUAAUUUUUCCAUUUUAUGUGCAAUCCUGUUUAGAAUCCCUGUUAGAAUUGUCGUAACAAUCCCAUCCAUGUCAGUAGUUCUCUGAUGUCAAGAAUGGAUGGAAUAUUUCUGAAUUAACGGUUCUGAACACUAUUAUACUAGGUGUCAUAAACUCUUUUAUGAAUGGUAAUAUUAUGUAAAUUAAGGUCUGGCCUUCAAACUAUAUUGCAGCUCUCAGCAGUAUGCUUGAAGUCCUCUUUUGUUAAGGAUUCUGUUAUGUUUAAAUCGUAUUUUUGGGUUUUUAAAAAAGGAUGUGAAGACUUAGUAAUUAUUCUUCGGGAGUAGUCUGAAAAUUGUAGUGAAAGAAUUAAUGAUUUUAUAUUUUACAACACAGUCAUGUAAGCUAUUGCUGGUUGAAUUGUUGCUAGAAUUAGAAAGUAUAAUUUAGGAUAGAAUUUGUGUUUCUGUGAUUCUUUUUGCCUCUUAAUAUUUUCUCUUUUGCAUUUAUAGAUCUAGGAUUGAGGCAUUUUCUUUCUGGUGGCUUGAUCCUGUCUUAAAGAGCUGUUCUGAAACUCCCAGUUACCCAGCUGCCUCAGGAUCAGCUCACAGUGUCUUGCUUUUAGGUUAGAUACAAACAAAAUUAAUCAUACUUGGUGUAAAUACAGCAAAAAAUGGUGGAUGUUAGAAUGGAGAACACUAGAACUCAAAAUUGAGGUAUAUCCCAAUUAAAAGCUUUGGAAUUAGCUUUGCAUUCGUUUGUAACUUUAAACAGAUGUGCAAAUUGGUUAACGUGUAAAUAUAUUGCAUUUUUAAAAGAUUAAUGUUUCCUUUUAAGUGCUGAUUUCUUUGUAUCCUAGUCUCUGCAUUCAGUAUUCAAUAAUACUACCAAUACAAUAAAUGUAUUUAUAAUAUCAUAAUCAUAA